AUCGAAAUCAAAAUGUAAGAAAUUAAUUUUUAUUAUUUCUUUUCAUUUUAUAUUUUUGUUUCUUUUUUUUGAAAAAUAAUUAUUUAAGUUAAAUGAUUGGCGUCGUCGUGCAUCAAUAUUUCAUGAAAAUGUAAAAGAUGUAUCUCGUUUACUUCAAAAAUUAGUAUCUAUAAAUAAUCGUGCUUUACUUUAUGAUAUUUAUAAUUAUAUUAAUGAUAUUAAUUCAACAUUUAUUCUUUGUUCAAAAUAUCUUUAUUGGAUUGAUGAUAAUCAAAAACAUUCAUCAGUAUUUAUGUCAGGCGAUGAAGAACCAUGGUCAAAACGAGGUGGUCUUGCUGGAGAUUUUCUUGAUUUAUUACCAAUAGGUGAUUUUCAAUCUUUAAUGAAACCAGGAUUGAAUUCAUUAUCAAACAUAUUUUUUAUUCGACCAAUAACUUCGAAUGAUCAUGCAUCUAUGUAUGCAUUAUGUACAACUAUUUCUUAUCAAUAUGAUAUUGAUCAUCUAAUUAAUCAAUAUUCACAAAUUUUAGCUGAUAAGAUAAUAGGUAGAUAUUUGUCAAGUUCAUUAAAUAAUGUAAAUAAUUGUUAUGCUAUUGAUAAUAAUGAAGAUAAUUUAUGUGGAUUUGUAUUAACAAUAAAUGAAAGUGAAAAAUAUGAUAAAUUCAUUCAAACAAAAUGGAUUGAACAACUUCAUGAGAAAUAUCCAAAUGUUGAUCAAAAUUUUUUUGAAUUAAUCGAAUGUCCACAGUGGAUUUAUGAUCAAUAUUCUGUUCGUAUUCAAAUAUUUAUUGAUUUAGCAAUAAAAACCGAUGAAAUUUAUCAUGUUGGAUGUAAAUUAAUGAAAAUUCUUAGUGAAAAUCUUUCUCAACAAGGUUAUGGUGGAUGUCAUGCCUUGUUAGAUGAAAGAAAUGUUUGUUUACAUAAGUUUUAUUUAUAUCUUGGUUUUACUGAUAUAGCAAAUAUUGAUCAAAAUGAUCAUAUGAUUCUUCUUGCUAAAAGAUUUUAA